AUAAAGAGAAAGAUGAUGAAGGCAGUCAAGACAGUCAUAUAAUAUAUGACGAACUAUUUAAUGAGGAUCAACUCAAAGUAUUAGAAGAUGAAGAAGAUGAUGAUGAAGAUUGUUGUGUCAACUCAUACGUAGCAUUUACUGAAGAGCUUUCUAAUGAGAACCAAUGUCCAGAAU